GGCGCUAUUUACGGCGCGGAUCCCGGCCGGCUGAGGCGGGCGCAGGCUGGAGCUCGCGGCUGGCGGUCUCUGCGUGCGCUCGGGGAGCUUCUCCCCUCGCGGAGUGCCCGGCCAACGCGGAUCGAGGCCGGUAGCUCACGCGGGACUGCAGCGCCGAGCGGAGCCGAGGAGCCGCUGGCUGCGGGGUCGGGUCACGAAAGUCGUCUGGGCUCCUCCGCGCCCCUCCAGCCGCGCUCCAUGCUCCGGCCGCGGCCGGGCCCCUCGCCCUGUUGCUGACGGCGCCCGCCGCCCCGGGCAGCACCCAUGCACUGCGCGCUCCGGGAGUCGUAGGCUGCAGUUGCGCCGCGGCUCCGGGAGCCGGCGGGGGCGCCGCGGCCGUGGGGGGCGUCAAUGGAUCGCCAUUCCAGCUACAUCUUCAUCUGGCUGCAGCUCGAACUCUGCGCCAUGGCCGUGCUGCUCACCAAAGGUGAAAUCAGAUGCUAUUGUGAUGCUGCCCACUGUGUGGCCACUGGCUAUAUGUGUAAAUCUGAGCUGAGCGCCUGCUUCUCUAGACUUCUCGAUCCCCAGAACACAAAUUCCCCGCUCACCCAUGGCUGCCUGGACUCUCUCGCGAGCACAGCGGACGUCUGCCAAGCCAAACAGGCACGGAACCACUCUGGCACCACCAUGCCCACGCUGGGAUGCUGUCAUGAAGAUAUGUGCAAUUACAGAGGGCUGCAGGAUGUCCUGGCUCCUCCCAAGGGGGAGGCCUCAGGACCAGGAAACCGGUAUCGGCACGACGGGAGCAGGAACCUCAUCACCAAAGUGCAGGAGCUGACCUCUUCCAAAGAGUUGUGGUUCCGGGCAGCGGUGAUCGCUGUUCCCAUCGCCGGAGGCCUGAUUUUAGUGUUGCUUAUCAUGUUAGCCUUGAGGAUGCUUCGAAGCGAGAACAAGAGACUGCAGGACCAGCGGCAGCAGAUGCUGUCGCGUUUGCAUUACAGCUUUCACGGACACCAUUCCAAAAAGGGGCAGGUGGCAAAGUUGGACUUGGAAUGCAUGGUGCCCGUGAGCGGGCACGAGAAUUGCUGCCUGACCUGUGACAAACUGAGGCAGGCGGACCUCAGCAACGACAAGAUCCUCUCGCUCGUUCACUGGGGCAUGUACAGCGGGCACGGGAAGCUGGAGUUCGUAUGACAGGGCCUCAUCCGCACCCAAGUUCUCGGACGCUUUGAAGGCCUUGAGUUCUGCUGGACAGGAGCACUUUAUCUGAAGAAAAACAAACUCACGUCAUCAUCUGGGAGAGACCAAAUGACCUCUGCGGACAGAAUCUUGGAUAUUUCUUCUGAAGGAUUAUUUGCACAGACUUGAAGGCAGUCAGCUGUAUUCUUUGCUUUAAAAUUAGAAAAAGCAAAGAGAGGACUGUGCACUCACUGUUACCAGGGUUAUUUGCAUCUGCGCGAGCUGGAAUCGAGCACCUAAAUAAACUGACAUGUGCUCUGUGUCAGCUCCGACGUCCUGAUUUAUUGUAAAGAUUUAAAAAAUAUAUCUAUAUUUUUUGUCUGAAA